GGUGCUGGCAAGGAAACACCGAUUCUACGAGGACAUUGCUGAAAGGAAGGGGGAGGGAUCGUUAUCCAGGAGAGCUACUAAACGGGGCAGGGGCUGUCACUUUCUGGAGACGUCUUCUCAACAAUGAGAUUGCUGUUGCUCAUGUCGGCAGCGUCUUUCUUGGGAGGUUCAACCUAUGCCUUCUGUCCCAUGCGCGUUCCACAUCGAGCUGCUGUUGCACCUGGGGGCAUUCGACGAAUGAUGACUGCGAUGGAGACAAAGUCGGAAGCGGGCCCCAGCGGCGUGCAAAGCUUGAGUAAGUGGGAUCCAUCGGCGCAGCAGGCCUUCAUCCAGCCGGCCAUCCACAACAAGAAUCCUGUGCGAGUUGCAGCCAUUCUGACCGCCGCCGGCCUUGCCUCGAAAGGCGCUAUGCUCGUACCCGGAAAUUUGGCCAAGAUGGUUCACAUGGUCGCGUUGAACGCGUGGAUGGGAUCAACGCUGUGGACAACUUUCUUUGCGGGGAUCACCAUGAUGCGGAAUCUCCCACGCCAGACCUUCGGGAAGCUGCAGUCGAAGCUGUUCCCGCUGUACUUCCAGUUCAACUUUGUGUCAAUUCUGGCGAUCUACAUCAUUCGUGGCUGCCCUCUCAGGACCCGAGCAGGCGUCACCUUGCUCGUCUCGCUGUUUUCAACCCUGCUGAAUCUGGUACUGCUUGAGCCCAAGUCCACAAGCAUCAUGCUGGAACGAUACAAACUGGAGGACGACAAGAAGAAAGACUCCGACGAGUACAAGGAGCUCGGAAAGACGUUCGGGAAAUUCCAUGGCAUGUCAAGCUUUGCGAACCUUGGAGCGCUCAUUGGGAGUUUUGUGUACGCGUGGGAGCUGGCUUCAGUAAUCCCUAUAUGA